CAUAUAGAACAUAUAUUCAUAUACAACCAGCUAAUACUUCAGUCUGUGGUGUGCCAAUCAAGCUACCACAUCAAGAUGUUAGCAUUAAAAUUGUGCAUAAUUACUAUAAUUUGUGUACAAAAUUCAUUUUGUCGAAAAAUCUUCUGUGAUUCUGAUGAUGACCUUUGCCUGUCAAAUGCAGUGAAUGAAAGGGUCUUCCCAAAGAUCAUAGAAGGGAUCCCUGGUGUCGAACCUUCAGAGCCAAUACAUCUGCCUCGGUUCGAGAUAGUCCUGCCUGAUUUGAAGUAUUCGCUCCUGAACGCUUCUAUGUCUGGUGUAAAAGACUGUACCAUAACAUUCAAAAAACUCAUGAAAGAAUGUAAGUUUGAAUAUGAACCAUGCUGUCCUCGACUGAUUCUACAAUCUGAAUAUGAAGUCGAUGGCAAAGUCGAUGCAGUAUCUGUUAGAGGAAAGGGGACAUUUAAAAUCACUUACGAGGAAAUCUACAUCCAUAUCUUAGUACAUCAAAGAAAAGAAAAAUUCCCAGACAAUAAGGAUCAUUAUCGCAUUUUAGACCACACAAUGCAAUUAGACCUGCGAGGAAACAGCUCAUACGAAUACAGUAACUUGAUAUUUAGCGAAAGUGGCAGAUGUGUGAAAUGUAAUCCAGCGUUGAGGGAGAAAUAUUUUGCCAGAUUCGAAGAAGUCACUCGAGAACCGCUUGUAAAGGCUUUCAUAGACAAAUUGAUGGAAAAUAUUCGAGAUUUUCAUGUAGCGCGGCCUGUGGACGAAUUGUAUUACAAGUACGUUUAAUGUUUGACCGAUUUAUGCGAAUAAACAAAGAAAUGUC